CAGUACGAGCAACCAGAACCCGGAAGUUCACGGUGUUGUGUCACGUGCUGUGUUUACAGUAGGCUUAUGAUUGCCUGUGAUGUCAUGGUUCGGUUGUAAAGCAGCACGAUGAUAAAAUAUGUUGUAGCGCUUAUUUCAGUCAGUUUGGCGUUAUGGAGCGGGUCUGAGUGGGUAAAUCUUUGGCGUUUUGAUCUGGCUGAUGUGUCUCAGGACUCAGACAGACUUCUGAGCCAAGAGGAGCUGUCACUGUAUCAGGGCAGGGAGGACAGUAAAGGACUCUACCUGGCUAUUUUAGGGCAAGUGUUUGAUGUUGAAAAGGGAAGGAAGCAUUAUGGUCCUGCUGGAAGCUACCGCUUCUUUACAGGCAGAGAUGCAUCCAGGGCUUUUGUGACAGGCGAAUUUACAGACGCAGGGUUGACCGACGAUGUCUCCGACCUGUCCCCAUCUCAGGUAGUGGCCCUCUACGACUGGCUGGCUUUCUAUCAGAAGGACUACACACCUGUAGGUAAGUUAAUCGGUCGGUUCUACAGUAAGAGCGGAAAGCCCACAAGCGUCCUGCAGAAGCUGGAGGCCUCUUUAGCUCAGGGGCUGAAACUGAAAGCCCAGGCUGAGGAGCAGAACAAGCUUUAUCCUGCCUGUAACUCCGAGUGGAACUCAGACAGAGGAGGACGUGUUUGGUGCUCCACUAAAAGCGGCGGAGUCCACAGAGACUGGGCUGGUGUUCCCAGAAUGCUCUUCUCACCUGGGUCGGGUCACACACGCUGCGUGUGUGUACGACUGGACGAUCCCACACAAUCAAACAACCCAAAUCUCCAGGAGUAUAAAGACUGUUCACCUCAGGCAGAGUCAUGCCUAAUUUAAGGCUGAGCUGGUCAUUAGUUACUUAAUUUAAAGCAAUAUCAUCUGGUUUGUCUGGUCUCAGGAUGGACAACCAGACAGGUCACAUUUAAAGCUGCUAUAUGUAGGAUUUUUCUGGAUGUUUUCUGGAGGACCGCAGUGACAAGGAAUUCUUUUAUAAGUUUACUACGUCGAAACAUCACACACAUCUAUGAAAAGAUUUUAAUACACAAUAAAAGUUUAGACUUGUUUGA